AAAGAUCGUUUUGCUCCUGGGUAGUGAGUGAAAGAUGGAAACAGGACCCAGGAGCAGAACAGACAUUGCCCUCCCAACCCCCAGCGGCCCCUCCAGUGUGUCUGAAAUUGAACUCUCAGAAAUCUCACCACGUGGUGAAACUUCACUGCAGAAGCCUACUUUGCGCUCACCAGGAUGGAAAUGGUUCAUAUUCUUGAAGAAAGAGAUGGAAUUCCUGGGGGUGACACAAAUUCUGAUUAGUUUCAUAUGCCUUUAUUUGGGAACAACGAUCUACUCUGCCUUCAAUGUUUCAGAAUUUGAAGGAGAUGUUUUUUCAUCAUUUAAAGCAGGAUAUCCAUUUUGGGGAGCAUUGUUUUUUGCUACUUCUGGAUUUUUGUCAAUUAUGGCUGAAGAGAAAAAGGAAUUGUAUCUGGCCCGAGGAAGUCUGGGAGCAAACUCUGUCACCAGUAUCGUUGCAGUCACAGGGAUCCUCAUCCUCACCUUCAACCUACAGAAGAGUUUGACCUUCACAGCAUACUGCAGGAAUGUUUAUGAGGUGGAAGACUGCUUUGUGGCUUCUUUCUCCACAGAAAUUGUGGUGAUGAUGCUGUUUGUCACUAUUUUGGGAUUUUGCAGUGCUGUGGCACUUAUAGUGUAUGGAGUUGGAGAAGAACUCAUAAGAAAAAAGGUUCCAGAUGAACGUCUUUAUGAAGAAUUGAACAUUUAUGCACCGAUUUACAGUGAGCUGGAGACCAAGGGAGAAGAGACUACUCCCAUUGAUUGAUAAAGGUCAUUCUGAUUCAGAGUAGAGGUGUGGAGAGCACCUGCUUAAAAGGUUACAGGAAAAAUGUCUAUCUGCUCCCCAUGCUAAUACGACAUUGUAUUUAUCCUCCAGAUGGAAGUGUUUUAAUUUUUGUUGUAUCUGUUCACUUAAACAUAUCCCUCUCCCAAUUUAUAGAUGUAAUAAUCUCUAUUUUCCUGUUUUACAUCACUAUCCCAUAGCCACCCACAUAUAAAAUUGA